UUACUUAGAAAUGUAUGACCUGUACUAAAAGUGCAGGGAUUGUAUAUAUAUUUUUUUAAUAACGAAUUUAUUAAAAUCCGUAGAAAAAGGUGCAGUUCGAGGGGAAGGGUGUUCGCACCUCAGAGAUUCAAAGAAGAAGAGUGCAGAAUUUAAUCUCAGACGUGAUUACUUUGGCCGAAGAGGAGACACCGAGGAAACUCAAGGAGGAGCCGAUAAUUGCCCAGGGGAAUUUUGGAGAUAAGAGAACCUCGCCCGACUCUAAUAGGUCCUGAAAAUUAGGAGAGGGUUUCUUAAUGACGGGAGAAAUAAUUAAGAAUUCCUCCCCCGAACAGGAGCGGCUGUAAAAAUAUUUCCAGAAGCCCGAAAAUGCAUCACGCGAAGAACGAUUCGGAGUCCUCGAUCGAGUGGAAAGUCUCUCUGGAUAAAUUAAGGAAAGAGAAAACCUCGGGGAAAAUAGUCGCAUCAAAUGAGAAUUGCAAUAAUAUCGGAGAACGAAGCAAGUCAACGAAACCGAGAAAACAUGGAGAACCUUUGCAACCCGCGUGGAAACCUGCAGGGAGUGCGAAAAUUCCUGCAAACAAAAUGGCGCAUCCUGAGAAGAGGACCACUUCGAGCAAGAAUAAAGAGAACGAUUCGGCAAGGGAAAGCAGGGGUAGAAAAGGCUCAGGAAAUUUCGUCGCGGGUCUUCCAGGAGCUGAAGAAAAGGGAAAUUUAAAAAAUGUAACGCCGAACUCGACAACUAGAGCGAAAACGCCCUCCUCGAGGAGCGACCGAUCCGAUAUAACAAUCUCAGAUGGAGAGGAUCCAUUAAAUUCCUUUAACGAUCGGAGAAGUUUCUUAUCCAGGGGGAAAUCCCUCGCCUCAAAAAGUGCAUCCGAGUGCAACUCGAACGUUGAGGUGCAUUUCGAUCGCGUCGCCGCCAGCAAAGUGAAAAGGACGAAAGUCGUGCAGAUUUUGGAGAGUAUCAUAAAGAGGCCUCUAAAGAUUUCCGAGGAAGAGGCGGGAGGGAAUUUGAUAAUUAAUAAGGUAGAGAGUGGAGGAAAAUUAUUUCCAUCGGGGUCGGUAAAUAUUUCCCCUCCGGGGAGCGUAAAUUCCCGAAAGGAAAUGGACUUUGAAGAGACGUCGAGUCUUCGGGGAAGUGUUUCAAGGUCCACUGCGGAUGCUGGGAAAAAUUUAUCCCUGGACCAGAUCGUCUCGGAUACGACCUCGAAAAUUGCUUCCAUGGUCUCGGAGGAAUGCAACGCGGAAUUCAGCUCGAGUUGUUCGAUCGGAGAGGCUGGGUCGAAUAAAUGCUGCCAAGCUUCCCUGACCUCGACCUCGAAUUCCGAAAAUUCGAGCAAAUCAACCUCGAUCAAGUCCGAAGAGCAGGGAAAGCUGGAAAACUCCGUAUCGACGAGUAGGAAAAAAUGUCCAAAUAGACACGCGAAGUCUCUGCAGCUUUUGAGAGAGAUCCUCGGAGAUGAUCCGAGUGCAAGUUUGGACAGAAAGAAAUUGGGGGUGAGAUUUAAAUUGCCGGUGGAGUUGUCAAAAAAUUUCGCGCGUUUAGGGAGUGAUAAGGGAUUCUCGACUGCCGUGGAAAUGGAGAAAGAAAAGGGAGAUUCCUCGUCGAGGAAGAACUCCAAGACGUCGGUGGACGACUCCAUGGUGUCCAUUUUGUCGUCCGAAAAAGACUUGGGAUUUUUCUCAGCGAGAGAAACUAAACUUUCAGGGGACUCUCCGGAUUUAGGAUCGCGAUCCCUUAAAGAAAAAUUAACGAAAGAUGCAAGCACCUCGUGUAGCAUUCCUAGUAUUCUGGAUUUCAGACCAUCAAAUGACAAGGUAGGGUCCGAAUCUCUGGAGAGAAAAAUCAUCCAGGAAGCGACAUUCAGAAGAGAUGCAAGUAUAUCCUGUGUUCCAGAUUUAAUUCACUCGACCACUUCCGGGACUAUCGCGAAAGAAUUUUAUCAAGAGCGGUCGAUUCAGACGAGUCUGAAAGCGGUGGAUGUCUCAAUCGAGACCGAGGAAAUAUCUAGAGAAAAAAUAAUGACCUCGAAACGAGUGACAGCUAAUCUGAUGCCGCUUCGUCAUAAGAAAAACACUUGCACCGAGUCAUAUUGCCAAUACGAUGCAACUAUGAUUAAACUGCCAUUCAACACAAACACAAUAAAAGUCGCCAUGACCCAGACCGAGCACUGUCCAAAAAAAUCCGUCGAAAUUUCCACCGACCAAGACUUACCGAAAAUGUUAAAAGAAACUGGGAUAAAAAAUGAAACGUGCGAAGAUACACCGAAUAUCCUCGAGAACGACUCACUGAAUGAAAUUUCAUCCUCGUCCUUGAUUUCAUCUGAUGCUCGUCAAGACAGGUGCACUGAAAGCUGCACCUUGCAGAGGAUAAACCACCUGGGCCAAUUGCCAAAGGACAUCGUGAUAGCACUCGAAAGGACCUCCGAGCACGCCCAAAACCUGCACAAAACGAUCAGUCUGUAUCGAAGGAAUUUCAUUGACCAAAGGACCGUCCAGGACCCUCGUAUCCAGACCCUGGGAAGAAGGAAUCCAGGAACGGAGACGAAAUCCUUGUCGGAGUUGGCAGAGAAGUUAGAACCAAGGAAGUCCGAACUCGAGGUUCCGAAAAUGAAGGACGAUCAGGAGCAGAGGUCCUGGAAAAAUGGGAAGGAUAGUUCGGAGGUUUUCGAAGACGACGACGACGUGUAUGGGUAUCAAGGAGUUCUCUCGAUUUCAAGGAAAAAUGUCCUGGCUCUUGUUUACGGUUUUACCUGCACGCUCGUCUUCUUCUGCCUGCGGUUCUCCAUCGCUUGCGAGAGUUGACCAGUUAAUAAUUUUUUAAGCAACUGGCAGGGUGCCUGUCUUGUAAAACUAUUAUGCGUUACAUGUUCCCGUGUCGGUUGAUUGUAAAAUAAAUCUCCACGAGGCUA